UGAGAUAUUACAGAAAUAAACAGAUAUCACAAUCACCACAUUUCAGACGGAACUAAAUUUUGCAGAUUUUAUGAAAUCGAAAAGCCGUCUCGCUUUAAAGCCAACACAAAUCAAGAACAUUUUGAAAAUAACUCUUCCAUUGUUUUCAUAAGGACCCCGGACCCAUAUGUAAAUCAGGUCAAAAACCACGGUCCCAUCAUUAACAGGGUUCAAAUUUUAUUUACUUCAAAUCUGUUACUAAAAUUAUUUGAAGAAAAUGUGACAAUAAUUCCUGCUGUGCAAUGCCGCCAUAUUUACUGAGCUGCUGAAUCACUUUUCAGUGUUUGCAUCAUAUUAUUAUUAGUUUGCGCCCACAUACUCCUGCUACAGAACACACAAAAUAGUGAAAAGAACAGAAUUUACAUUCUGAAAACUGAAUUAUUGAAUCUGAAUUCCUGAACAUAUUUCAGUAUGCACUCACUGAGCACUUUAUUCGGAACACUACACUCACACUGGACGGGGCACUUCUCCCUUUACUCUCAGAUCUGCCUCUGUUCUUCGUGGCAUGGAUUCCACACAACGGUGAAACAAACAUUCCUUUGAGAGUCUGCUCCGUGGUCACAUGAUCACUUCAGACACUUCCAGCAGAUUUUUAGGAGCACACCGAUGCUGUGACUCUCCUGUUUUCCCAUGUCCCAGAGGUGUUCUUCUGGAUUCAGAUCUGCUGACUGAAGGUCACUGAAGAACACUGAACUCAGUGUCAUGUUCAUGAAAACAGUUCGAGACGACUUUUGCAUUGUGGCCUGGUGCAGUAUCACACUGGAGAAGCCAUUAGAAGAUGGUGAAUGUGAUUGGUUGGUAUUAACGGCCUAAAGUGUCCCAAGAAAAUGUUCUCCACACCAUUACACCACCCCCACCAGCCUGGAUUGUUGACAUGGAUUCAUUCUGUUGAUGCCAAAUUCUGACCCUUCCAUCUGUGCUCCUCAGCAGAAAUGGAGCUUCAUCAGACCAGGCUACAUUCCUCCGGUCUUCAUCUGUUCAGUUUGGGUGAGUCUGUGCCCACUCCAUCCUCAGCUUUCCGUUCUUAGCUGACAGAAGAGGAACCUGAUGUGGUCUUCGGCUGUUGGAGUUCAUCCACCUCAAGGUUCAGUUGUACAGAGUGGUUAUCUGAGUUAAUGUGAGCUUUCUGUCAGCGUGAACCAGUCAGACCAUUCUCCACUGACUCUCUCUGAUCAGCAAGGUGUUUCCAUCUGCAGAACUGCUGCUUACAGAAUGUUUUUUUUGUUUCUCUAGAGACUGUUGUGUAUGAAAAUCCCAGGAGAUCAGCUGUUUCUGAAAUACUCAAACCAGUUCAUCCAGCACCAACAAUCACACACACUAAAGAUCACAGUUUCCUCAUUCUUCUCAAUAUUGAUGUGAACAUCACCUGAAGCUGCACCUGCAUGAUGUUAUGAAUUGCACUGCUGCCACAUGAUUGGCUGAUUACGUAACUGCAUAAAUGAAUGAGAAGAUUACAGCACAAGCGUCUCUAGAGCCAAUCACAUCACAGCAGGAGGAAACAGACUUGCUGCAGAGAUGUUUGUACUGAAGUUCAUGCUCACGCUCGCCUGCCUCGUGGUGUCAAUGUACGAGUGCAUGAGCUCACCGGCAGACAGAUGCAGGGUGCUGGGGCAGUGUCCCCAGGUGAACUCCAGUCGGAGCGCUGAGCCUGUGAAUGUGACUGUGUAUUAUGAGUCUCUGUGUCCUGAUUGUCAGGAGUUUCUGGCGUUGCAGCUCAUGCCGACCUUCAUCAUGCUGAAUGACAUCAUGGGUUUGGAACUUGUCGCGUACGGCAACGCAAAGGAGAAGCAGGUCGGAGACAAGUACGAGUUCACCUGUCAGCACGGAUCAGACGAGUGUCUGGGCAACAUGAUCGAGACGUGUGUGAUGAAGAAAGUGCCCGAAGCUGCAGUGCCCGUCAUUUACUGCAUGGAAGCGGCUGCGGAUGUGGUGAAGGCGGCGGAACCUUGUCUGGCCCUGUUCAGCCCACAAACGCGCUUUGGUGAUGUCAUGGCGUGUGUGAACGGUGACGAGGGAAAUCAGUUAAUGCACCAGAACGCCAAGGCAACCGCAGCUUUACAGCCACCACAUGAGUACGUCCCGUGGGUCACCAUCAACAGCGAGCACACUGAUGACCUGCAGGAGAAAGCAAUGGGCUCGCUCUUCCUACUCGUCUGCAGUCUGUACAAGGGUGAGGCUCCACCAGCGUGCUCUCUCGGAAAGAAGGCGGUAAAGACGAGUUACUGCUGAAGAUGUUGAAAUGUGACUGUAAAGCUGAAUCAGUAACUCAGUGAAUGAUGACUGUAAUGCAGUGGUGAUUUUUCUACACACUGUUCAGUAACGCUGUACGAGUGUCGACACUAAAGCGCUCAGCCACAAUUAUUUGAAUAAAACAACCUUUUACAUCAAUAA